AUGAUUGAUGAAGCACGUUAUAUUGAAGCGAUAAUAAAUUGCUCAAAAUGGAAUGGUCGUAAUGAAAAGGAGAGAAAAUCACGUUAUCCGAUGAUCGAACCACAAACGGGUGUUUUUCAGCGACCAACAAGUCAUCUUUAUCGAAAUGAGACUGAGCGAUAUCCACCUCAUCUUCCAACUUAUUAUUGCACAUAUUCGAGGAAACGUUGGAAACGGAAAAAAAAUGCACCAUCGUCCGACGCUACAGAAAUGAAGUAUAUUGUGCAGUGCAAUCCAGCAAUUAGCGAAGUUAUAAAUCAAGCAACAGCUAUCUCAACAGAAGCAUCUGGAUCAAACGAAGCGUUUUCAUCUUCAGAUUUUUGUCAGAGCGUUGAUAGAAGAGGAAGGCAAACACUGUCAUACCAAAGUUUUCAUCAUCUCUGUAUUUUUUUAAGAUUCAAAUUAGAGAAGCAAUUAGAAAAGAACAAGUUAAAGGAAUUAUUGGAGAACGAUCUUGAAGAACCGAGUGAGGAAGAAGUUGUUGAUAUGUCGGAUGAAGAUGAUUGGUCAGAACCGAGGAAGAAACGGAAAAAACGUGGUGGUGCAGUUGCUUCAUCGGGGGGCAGGGGAGGUUCACGUCGAGGAACAACGAGUAAUGUCACAAUAGUCUGUCAACCGAUCUCAUCUGACCCCAAAGCAUUUGCAUGUAACAAUUGUGGUGCAAAGUACAGAAGCCGACCUGGCUUGACAUAUCACCGAGCACAUGUGCACCCAGACGUGACGAAUUCUAGCGACGUUUCUCAACUUUCAAACUAUAUAGAUUCGUUAAGAAUGAACAUUGGUUUUCCUCUGGUUGAAAUUAUAAACAGCAGUGAAACUGGUCACCCUUUUUUGCUUUCAGUAUUAUCGUCAACUAUCGAGAUUUCGACUACAUGUGACUUGUGCCUUGGUGAUCGCAAUGAAAAUAAGAAAACUAAUACACCAGAAGAAUUGGUCAGCUGUCAUGAUUGCGGUCGAUCUGGCCACCCGACCUGUCUUAAAUUCACAGAAAAUAUGCUCAUAUCAACGAGAAGAUAUGGCUGGCAAUGUAUUGAAUGUAAAAGUUGUGCAAUCUGCGGUUUUUCUGAUAACGACGACCAACUUCUUUUUUGCGAUGAUUGUGAUCGCGGCUUUCAUCUUUACUGCCUACGACCACCACUUUCGCAAGCUCCUGAAGGCGAAUGGAGUUGCUAUCUUUGUCAAAGAGAAUUUGGACCAAAGGCGUCCUUGCCCACUCAAAAAUAG